AUGAGGGUCGGUCGGGUAAUGCAUAGAUGGGUGACUAAGAAGUGUAUAUUGUAUAAUGGUACAUUGAGAAUUGAGCACGAAAUGGAAGAAGAUGAAGUUCUCAUUGUUGCCAGAUAUCGUAUCGAAGUUUUGGAGACCAGAAGAGGCAAAGUCUUACGGCUUUCGAAUGAAAAUUCAUCGACAUGGCUACUAUUCGAGAAUCUUGAAACGUUGAACUUGUGGUUGGCGCGAUGUCAGCAAUGGGAAGUAUCUCCGACAUGUGAUCUCUCUGAUCAGCGACUUGUUCUGAUUCCGGAUGCCGUCUUUUCCGCAGCACACGUGGCCCAAAUUACGUCGCUCAACUUACGCAAAAAUUCGUUGCAAUUUAGGAGUAUUCACCAGGAACAAUUAGGCAUUUCCGGAGCCUGGUCUCGACCGCCAUUGGGCUGGAUUGAAGACUUGGCGAGACUCACAGCCCUGACCCAUUUGGAUCUCUCAUCGAAUCGGUUGUGUCUCUUCCCACUUCCGUUGAUUCAAUUGCCCAAUCUAUCACGUCUCUCAUUAUCCGGAAAUCAAAUCGAAGUUGUACCGGUGGAGAUUCGGGCCCUUUCCGGGCUGACCGAAUUGGAUUUGUCCAAUAACUGGCUCGAAACGCUGCCAUCACAGAUUGGUGAAUGCUUGAGACUAGGACAGCUAAACCUUGCUUUUAAUCGGUUUUCAAGGAUACCUACUAUUCUACGUCUAUUACGUGCCGUUACGCAUUGGAAAUUGGCUGGCAACUCAAUUACAGAUCUUUCAAAUGAGGAAAUUGAUAAUUGUACUCGGCUGGAUCUGCGCCGAAACAAGUUAACGGGUUCAAUACGGGUGCCGCAGUCGACCGAGUCGCUACGGUCGAUUGAUCUUCGGGAUAAUGCAAUUAAAAGUUUGCACAUCACGAAUUGUUCGAAUUUACAGACUCUCCAUUGCGGGCGGAACCAUUUGAGCGAGCUACACAUAAAUGGAACGAGUCUUACCUAUUUGAAUGCUGCCAAAAAUCAUUUAUCAACCGUAAUUAUAAUGCCGAUCCCGAUUCGUUUGGCGUAUUUUUCCGUUGCGGACAAUCGCUUUGCCCAUUUACCCAAUUGGGUGUCCGAUUUGCCACAUAUCGAUACAAUAGAUGUGCAUAAAAACCAAUUGAUUCAACUACCGGAAAAAAUUUUUCGAAUACCGUCACUUCGGCAUCUGUUGGCGCAUACGAAUCGUUUGACAUAUUUACCGGAAGAGGUGGAAAAUUGUCAGAUCGAAAAUCUUGACCUUCAUCACAAUGCUUUGGAGGGUUUACCCAAGCUGCUUUUUCGUUCUAGCCACAGGCUACGUACUGUAAAUUUGAGCGCAAAUAUUCUAAGGGAACUACCUUCACCGAAUCCAUUGCCGGAUUUGAAUAGAAUACAGAUUCUAAAAGCUGCUAUGAAUGAGUUGGAUGAUAGAGUGAUUUCGACAAUUUCGUCUAUGCGAAGAUUGAAAACUUUGGAUCUUUCUGACAACCACAUACGGGUUUUUGACGAUAGUGCAUUGUGUACAUUAACAGCUCUAGAAGAAUUAAAUUUAUCGACAAAUCGCCUUACCAGCCUUUCAUCUUUAAUUACCGCCCUGCCUGCCUUACAGAUUUUACGGGUCCAUUCAAAUCAUUUGACACAUCUUCCUGAUCUCACGCAUUCUAGUAACUUGAAGAUUCUUGAUGUUUGUUCGAAUCGUCUUUCACAUGCGCAACUUUCCAAUUGUAUGGCUGAGCGGUUAAAGCAAUUAGAUUUAUCUUGUAACCCGGCUCUACCAUCUCAUUUGAUAACCCCUUCAAGUCAUGAAACAAAGAGCCCACGUCCGAUGGCGCUACUAGAUGUCGGCGGUUUUGCUGAACAAGGUUUAGUUGUCGGCUUUAGUCAAUCUAGUGGGCAAAGAAAUCGACUCUCGGUCCGUCAAAUUUUACCCCUCAAACGGCAUGUAUCACCAAUUUUUGCCAUUGUGGACGCUGCGGGCAGCUCUGAAAUGGCAAUCGAGAUUUUGGAUCAUUUGCAUAGGGUCGCCGAGACGCAGGAAGUAGUUGAUGAAGGCACUCUAAAAAAUUGGAUCCUCAGUGCACACGAGUGGAUUGGCGAUUCUGGGGAGCGUGUAGGAGCAAUGUCUCCCCAACCCGUCAAUCAACAAGUUUACGAACAGCUCCGCGCAGCAAAUGCGAUUUUGGAUGAGGAAAAUCUUGUAAAUGGCGUGUCACGCUACGAUCGGCAAGUCGGAUUCACUGCCUUCUUUCCGGCAAUCCUGCCCAGGGCGAAUACGGCAAGUUGUACGUUGACUACACCGGAAGAUUUUAUUGUGAUUGGAUCGAGAGCAUUGGGAGAGACACUGUCUGAACCGUUCAUAGAAAAUAUCAUUUCUGGAUCGUCAAAUCCACAAGUUACCGCGAAGAGGCUUCAGGACGCAAUACAAGCCUUUGAAUGGAAUGACAAUGUCAGCAUUAUUGUUGCCAAGCCAGCCAGAGAAACUGGGGAGGUCACUUUUAGAAGAGGCAAUGAAUACGGUACCAUCCGACGGCCAGAAAUCUCUGAACUCACCCUCCAAAAAAUUGAAGAGCGAAUUGAACAGAUUAGCAAGGUCAUCGCAAAAAUUGAGGAUGAAAAUGAUGAGACGAAGCCAACACCAGUUAGUGGCAUCCGCAAAACCCAUGAAAAAUCGGGAGAUAGUCGCCUAAAUACUGGUCCACCACCUGAUCCAGCUAUCUUCCAUCGCACACGUCGUGAGGAAAAUGAUGAUUCUCGAAAUCGUUGGUUGCUGCUCGGAAGUUCAACCUCAAAAACGAUCGGCCGAGGCUCGAUACGCGAUAAACCGGGAGCAAAAGCAUUCGAUAUCGCC